AUGGAAACAUCAUUGGUUUUCUUUCCUCAAUUAAAUAUGUGCGAAUCAAAAGAAAAAACUUUUUUCAAGUUAGUACACGGUUCAGGAAAAGAAGAAACAAGCAAAGAAGCCAAAAUCAGAGCUAAGGAAAAAAGAAAUAGGCUAAGUCUUCUCUUGCAGAAACCUGAGUUUCAUGAAGAGACCCAUACUGGUAGGUCUGGGCACUUGGCCAAAGAAACAAGAGUCUCCCCUGAAGAAGCAAUGAAAUGGGGUGAAUCAUUUGACAAGCUGCUUUCCCAUAGAGAUGGACUGGAGGCUUUUACCAGAUUUCUUAAAACUGAAUUCAGUGAGGAAAACAUUGAAUUUUGGAUAGCCUGUGAAGAUUUCAAGAAAAGCAAAGAACCUCAACAAAUUAUCCUUAAAGCAAAAGAAAUAUAUGAAAAAUUUAUACAGAAUGAUGCUCCGCAAGAGGUUAAUCUCGAUUUUCACACCAAAGAAGUCAUUACUAAGAGCGUCACCCAACCCUCCCUCCACAGUUUCGAUGCUGCACAAAGCAGAGUGUAUCAGCUCAUGGAACAAGACAGUUAUACACGUUUUCUGAAAUCUGACAUCUAUUUAGACUUGAUAGAAGGAAGGCCUCAGAGACCAACAAAUCUUAGGAGACGAUCACGCUCAUUUACUUGCAAUGAAUUCCAAGAUGUGAAAUCAGAUGUUGCCAUUUGGUUAUAA